CCUGAACCUACUCCUACUUCUGCGCCUGCGGCAGCGGCGGGGGGUGAGGCAGCAGUACCGGUGAUGGAGGGAGAAGGUACCGGCGACGUGAAACCCGAAGACACCAAACCACCCGCCAAACCCACACCGCCAUCAAAACCCGCACCAGACCAAAAGCGUCGCCGUCCCCCAACCUCCGCCUUCCCCCCACCCCCCGGCCUAGCCGGCCACCUCCGCAUCCACCGCUCCGGCCGCACGACACUCUCCUGGGGCGGAAUCGCAUUCGACGUAACAGUCGGCUCGGAUGUCGGGUUUUUGCAGGAUGUUGUCGCGAUGGAUGUCGCUGGGGAACGGAAGUGUUGGAGUUUGGGGGGGGUUGGGAGGAAGGUUGUUGUUGUGCCGGAUGUUGGGGGGUUGGUUGAGGGGUUGGGGAAGGAGUGAGGGAGGGGGAGUGUGAUCUUUCGGGUCUCUUGGAGCAUUGGCUGGACCACGGUGUGAUAACAUGGGCGGAGGAAUAUCAUGUUUCGCUACACCUCCAACGAAAGGAUAUCAAUAUCUUACAUGUUCCAUACUC